CACACAUUCAUACAGCAGCCGAAGUGAAAGAAAAGGAGAAGAGAAAAGAGAGAAAAGAAGGAGAAGAGGGAGAGAGUCGCCCGAGGUCGAGAUUUAGCGCGGCUUAAUACCAAAUCAAAUCUAAAAUCUUAUUUAAGAUGGAUCCUGCAGCUUAUCAUCCCGGGCCGGUUAACGGCACUUUGUUGACAUUGCAGGACACGCAUAGGUCCACUUUUGUGUGGAACAGUAGUACGGACAUUCCUGAUCUUAGAGUCAGGACGAACUUCGGUGAGUACUGGAAUGUAGUUGAUCAAACCAGGCCGCCUCAGGCGAUAAUAGAUGCUAUUAAUGAUGCGGGCUUUGAGUGGGUGUUCAAGUUGGGUCAGGUCAAGCAUGACAGGGGCUUGAUCACUGCUUUUAUCGAGAGGUGGCGUCCAGAGACGCACACUUUUCAUCUACCUUUCGGGGAGGCCACCAUUACACUGGAGGAUGUCCAUCACAUUCUCGGGUUACGAACCACUGGUCGGCCAUUUAUUCUACAUGGCUUCACCACCACAGCUCGCGAGAGAUUGGACAUGAUACGCGAUGUUCUUGGACUGACUCCCAAGCCGGCUGAUGUGGGGAAGAACUGCUUGAGGAUCGGUUGGUUGAUUGAUAACUUUGGCGACUGUGCCCGGUUGGACGAGGCAGCGGAGGAUUUUGAUGCGCAGACUAUCUUUCACAUCAGGGCACACCUACUGUGUGUUAUUGGAUCGUUGUUUCCUGAUAGCAGCGGGAACUAUGUGAAUCUCAACCUCCUUUGGAUGCUACGUGACUUGCAGAGCGUGGAUGGUUAUAGCUGGGGGAGUGCUGUUCUUGCAUACCUUUAUAGGAAGAUGUGCGAUUCCACCCAUAAAGUCACAACUAACUUCGUUGGAUACGCCACGUUAGUACAGGUACGCAUUUACUAUCAUUUUAUUUUUCAAGUUUUUCUUCAUAUAUAUUUUGAUGGGGAAAAAUCUCAAAUUGGUCACUGAAGUGAGCCUAUAGUAUCAAAAAUUAUAUCGAACUCAACGGGGUCUCAUCCGUACCACUUUAAUAAUGAAUAAUGACAGGUCCGUUAGUUUGACUG